UUUGGACUCAACAAAUUCAGUUAUAUAUAGAAAAAAAGGGAGGAGAUCUUUGUACACUACUCAGCAAGAACCUAGAAUUUCUCCUUAGAGAAGUUACUCAAUUCUCUUACACCAAACAGAAAUCUUAGAGAAAUCAAAGAGAAAGGCAUUUCUCUUUGUUUUCCCUCUCACAAUUCAAAACUCGCUUUCUAGGAAGAUGUCGGAUUACUUACCUACAGAGGUUCUACUGGAGAUUCUGGUGAGGCUGCCUGCAAAAUCACUUGUUCGAUUCAGCUGUGUUUCAAAAUCAUGGUAUUUUCUUAUCUUUAGCCCAGAUUUCAAUUUUAUGUAUACCCAAUUCACUUCCACCAUCAACAAGGACAAGCCUGCUCAGAUAAUGAUCAGGAACUAUUCUAGGACUUAUGGGAAAGAGAUGUUUACUAUGCAUAAUGACGAUAUGUCGUUUGGUGAUUAUCAAAUACUUGAUUGUCCAUUCAAGAGUACUUAUGGUUAUCUUCUUGAUGUAAUUGGUAGCUGUAAUGGGUUAGUUUGUUUGACUGAUAGAAAUGUUCCUAUGAAUAGGGGUUGGUAUGCCACAGAAAGCCCAAUUCCAACACCAAAACCCAUUUUUCUAUGGAACCCUUCACUUGGAAUAUCCAUGAAUCUUCCUUUGAUUGGUGAUGCAUUUAAUCGUGUAGUUCUUGGGUUGGGUUUUGAUUCCAUAAAUUUUGAUUAUAAGGUUGUGAGAAUAGAGUUUUGUUAUGGGGCUGUAUGUGAGAUUGAUAUUUUCAGGUUAAGUGAGGAUUCUUGGAGGAGGUUUGGAGGUAAAAGAAAAGUAGGCUUCCCUUCUUACUAUGACAUGAGAUCACCUCAGGCUUUUGUGAAUGGAAAUAUCAAUUGGAUUGGAUGUUAUAUAGAGGAGGACGAAGAAGAGAUUACUUGUAAAACAUUGAUUGUAGCAACGUUUGAUGUGGGCAAAGAAGUAUUUGGAGACCUAGAAGUGCCAAAGGAGUUAGAAACUGGUGGUGAUGAUGAGUUUCAGCUGUCACUUGUGGUACUCCAUAAAUCUCUUUCUUUGAUACGAUAUGAAGAUGGAGAAUACCCGUGCUUUAAUCGAUGUUGCAUAUGGAUGAUGCACGAAUAUGGCGUGGCAGAAUCUUGGACCAAAAUGUAUACCAUUUCUCCAUACAAUGGUUUCUCAAGGACAUUGAACAUAAGGACAAAUGGAGAGCUUCUGCUUGUGACGAGUAACGGAGGGCUGGUUUCAUUUGACCCUGAAAGCAGAAGCAUUAGACAGCUAAAAGUUUAUGGAGAACAAUUCUCUUUUGUUGUGGGUACUUACAUGGAGAGUCUUGUGCUAUCAGAAGGCUUCAGUAGGAUCUUGUUGCAAGCAGCUUUUUCGAAGGCAACUCCUCAUGACAAGGCAAGAGGGAACUACAGUGUUAUAAAGCCCAGCAGGCUAAAGAGAAACCGGAUCUGGAAGAAUAGCAACAACCAGCGGGAUUAAUAUAUUGUACUUUGUCUUUACACCUUUUCUUUAGUAGAGCAUUGUCUGAGAACUGGUUUUAAUACCAAACUCAAUUAUCUUGUUUGUGUACUGGUUACUAUCUAUUAUCAGCAAUGCAAUUGGCUAUGUAGAACUAAUUUGUCUUUUCAGUGAAAAUUUUAUUUUCAUUGCAUCC